UAAGCUAUCCGUCGUAGUCGAUGCCGCUGGCACCUACUCGAACAGUUACUCCUUCAAAACCGAGAACAGGAAAGGGGAGCUAAUAACCAACCAAAGCUGAAAUUAGCAGAGUUUAUAACCAAGUUCAGUUCACCUCCUUCAAAACCCAGAACAGAUCAGAGCAGAGCAGAUACAGCAGAGAGAGCAGGAAAGGGUAGGCUAAUACUAUAUCAAGAAAGUAAAAAUCAAUGGAAACUGCGGAGAACAAGCAGGUGAUAUUCAAAGGGUACAUUGAUGGAGUACCGAAGGAGACGGACAUGGAAAUGAAAAUGGGUAGUAAAGUAGAGGUCGAGGUUGUCAAGGGUUCAGGCGCAUUGCUGGUCAAGAACCUCUACCUCUCGUGCGAUCCUUACAUGAGGGGCCGCAUGCGCCAGUUCUACGGCUCCUACAUCCCUCCUUUCGUCCCCGGUUCGGUUAUCGAAGGAUUCGGUGUUUCCAGAGUCGUGGAUUCUGAUAACCCGAAUUUCAAGACUGGGGAUUUAGUCACAGGAAUAACAGGUUGGGAAGAAUACAGCUUGAUUCACAAAACCGAACAGUUGAGAAAGAUCCAGCAAGAUGAUAUCCCUCUUUCGUAUUACGUGGGUCUUCUCGGUAUGUCUGGUUUUACAGCUUAUGCUGGAUUUUAUGAGGUGUGUGCCCCUAAAAAGGGGGAUUGCGUUUUUGUUUCUGCUGCAUCUGGGGCAGUUGGUCAGCUUGUUGGCCAGCUGGCUAAGCUUUAUGGAUGCUAUGUAGUUGGAAGUGCUGGCACAAACCAGAAAGUUGAUCUUCUGAAGAAUAAGUUUGGGUUUGAUGAAGCUUUCAACUACAAAGAAGAGCUAGAUCUAGAUGCAGCAUUGAAAAGGUACUUUCCACAAGGCAUUGACAUUUACUUCGAUAACGUGGGCGGAGCCAUGCUCGAUGCUGCCCUUAUGAACAUGAGCCUCCAUGGCAGGAUAGCUGUUUGUGGAAUGAUUUCUGAGCAAAGUUUGUCCAAUCCCAAAGGGAUUCACAACCUGUUCAAUCUCAUAUCAAAGCGUGUAAGGAUGCAGGGAUUCCUGCAGAGUGAUUACUUGCAUUUGUACCCGCGCUUUCUGGAAGAUGUCAUUAGCUAUUACAAACAAGGCAAGAUUGUUUACAUCGAGGAUAUGAAGGCCGGCCUGGAAAGUGCUCCAGCUGCACUUGUUGGCCUCUUUGCCGGAAAAAAUGUUGGUAAGCAGGUGGUGUGUGUAGCCCACGAGUAAUUCUUGCAUGGGGUAAACUGAUCAAGUGAGAUUUCUGUUCAAGUUUGCUGUUGAACGUGUGGUUUGCAACUGCGGUUGGAGUAAUAUCUACGAACAGCAAGCAUUUGUAAACUUAAGGCUUCCUAUCGACGAAAUGCAUCUCAAUUGAGAUCUGCUAGACAUCUCCUUCGUUGUGCUCAAGAAUUCUGUUUUUCAGUUCAAUUGAUCUAUGUGGUUAGAUGGGUUGAGUCGAAAACUCGGAACAAUGCUACUAUCUCUUGGAUUUUUCAGUCGCGGUUGUUUCACUGCCUUGUUGGAUAUUUCACUGCGCUGGCUUUCAAUGUUGGUGUCUUGCGGUGUUGAUUGAUAAUGGGAAUGGUAAUAAAUUUCUUUAACUUGAA